CAUUUGCAUCGCAACAUCCAUUCUUUUGUCGCACCAUGGUGCUAGUCGAGGUCGACGUCGACGACAUCCGCUGCGCCAUCUGCCUCGACGUGCUCACGACGCCCGCGACGCUCGCCUGCGGCCACUCGUUCGACCUGCGCUGCGUCCGCCGGCUACGCGCGUCGCCUUGCGCGAUCGCCUGUCCCGUCUGCCGUGCCCCGAUGAAGGCGUCCCAUCUGCAGGCGCUGCGCGUCAACACCUUCCUCGCCGCCCUCGUGCAGCGGGCCGCGCCGCUCGAGUAUGCGCAUGCCGUCACGUGCCUCGACGACUUGGCGCCGCCCGUCGUGGUCCUCGACGCCUCGCCGCCGCUGACCAAGAUGCCGGGCUUCCUCUUUGCCUGCUACGCGCUCAUCGUCGGCCUCAACGCCGUCGCCGUCUACCGACUCCUCUGCGUGUGA